UAGUCCACGCCGGGCAGUGAUUGGUUGCCGAGAGGCGGGGAGGCUCGAUCGCCGGAGAAGUAGCCGCCGCGGUGAGGAGAGCCAUGGGUCAGGCGGCCAAGGUUUUACAGCUCUUUAAAACAUUACACAGGACCAGACAACGGGUUUUUAAAAAUGAUACCAGAGCAUUAGAAGCAGCCAGAAUAAAGAUAAAUGAAGAAUUCAAAAGUAAUAAAAGUGAAACUUCUCCCAAGAAAAUAGAAGAGCUAAUAAAAAUAGGUUCCGAUGUUGAAUGGUUACUCAGAACAUCUGUUAUACAAGGUAUUCACACAGACCACAAUACACUGAAAUUGGUCCCUAGGAAAGAGCUCCUUAUAGAAAAUGUGCCAUAUUGUGAUGCACCAACUCAGAAGCAAUGAGUUUUCUAGGAUAAAAUCAAGUCUUUUAGUUUUUAAUCUUAAGUACAUAACUCUGGCAAAAGAUUUGGAAAUGCAAGUAUUUCAGAACCAGCCUAUUGAAAAUGAAUGAAUUAAAGUAUCACUUCAUAAUUAAAUUUCACAUUAAAAGGACAUUGCUGAAAACUGCAGAACAUAGUUAAAUAUUCCUAGACAGCAUUAAAGAAGACAUGUUAUUUGCUUUAAAAAUCAAACUUUAUAAACUAAAAUAAAUGCUCAGGAAGUAUGUCAUACUCAUUUCUCUUUGACCUUGAUGAGUAUUUUGGUCUCUUUUUUUUUUUUUUUAAGAUUUUAUU